ACAACGCCGCAAAGUUCUUGCUGCGGAAGAGGGAUGAGAAAGAGAUGGCUGAACUUAGAUAGCCCUGUGUUUGGGAAUAUCGUCGCUAUGGACCUUCUCCAGAGGAAAGAGGGGAGCAGUGGGCGGUUGCUCGUCCUCGCAGCAGUGUUUGUGUGGUGUUUGGGGUCUGUGAGCUGUUUCGGACAGAGCCUAGACAGCGAGUUCACGUUUCUGCUGCCAGCCGGAAGAUCCGAGUGUUUCUUUCAGACAGCAGUGAAGAAUGGUACGAUGGAGGUCGAAUAUCAGGUGAUAGCGGGUGCCGGUAUGGAUGUAGACUUCACCAUCCUCUCUCCAGAGGGCAUCCGGCUCAUCAUCGAGUCUCGGCGUUCCGACGGAGUCCAUGUGGUGGAGCCAACACAGGAGGGAGACUAUGAAAUCUGCUUUGACAACAGCUUCAGUCGCUUCUCCGAGAAGAUGGUGUUCUUUGAGAUUAUCAUCGAGGGUCAAGGGGGAGACGUGGGUGGAGAUGAAGAGUGGGCGGGAUUAGAAGAGCCUGAUGGUAGCCUUCUGGAGUACAAGCUGGAGGACAUCCGGGAGUCCAUGGACUCUCUGCACAGACGGCUGGAGCGCAGCAGGCAGAUGCAGACGGUGUUGCGGGCUUUUGAGGCACGGGACCGAAACCUUCUGGAAGACAACCUGUGGAGGGUCUCCUUCUGGUCCUGCGCCAGUGUGCUGGUGAUGCUGUGUGUGGCCCUUACCCAGGUCUACACUGUCCGUAAACUGUUUGACGAUAAGCGGAGGGUCUACACAUAGAGGGAUCAUUUUGCGGGGAUAAAAGCCUGGGAAGGAGAAACACUCCAACACAAGAUGUUCAGAAUGUUACCCAUUCAGAUUGUGCUCCAUUCGUUUUCAUUUGGUCCGCAUCAUCACCAGCAUUCAGCAUCAUCGUAGCUCUUUUUUACUUCUAAAAUCUUGUUUUAGAUCAGUUUGUGAGCAAUAAUCAAACAUCUGUAGAUCAUGAAGGGUAACCGGACAAGGACGAGAGUGAGGAAGUUUAUUGCUUUUCAUGUAGUGCCUUUAAUGUCAAAUCUUACCACAAACCAGUGAGGAAAUAUAGUUUGAAAGGCACUGACUAGAUGCACAGAACAGUAAAUGUUGUAUAACUGCUGUCUCGCGUUUCUGAAACUGGUUUAGAGGUAUUGGGGUUUUUUUCGUUAAAGGUGAAAUUGUCCUUAAUAAAGGUAAAAGGUUAAGUUAUAUGCCACGACCUCAAAAGCUGAUCCACAGAACACCUGGUUUGCCGAAUAACAAAAGAUGCCAAUGUGCAAUAGAGUUGUUGGCGUAUUUGUUCUUCCUGACAUUUAAGAUCUUUUUAUUACAUUGGUGAUUUAUCCAUCUGACCAGGUAGUUCCUUGGUUACAGUCUCAUUGAUGUUUUUUUGUUUUUCAGAUGUUACUGAUUUAUUUUCAUGUACCAGUUCAAGUCCAUGCUGACAAAUAAGAAUGUAGAAUAAGUAAGAGGGAUGAUUUCCAGUGUGAUUGCCAAUAAUGUGUUCGCCAAUAAUGUGCUCAGACAAAUAUGUAGUAAGUACGUGUAUGUCAGUUCAGAUAUGUGUCAGGAUAAUUCAGCGGUCGCACGCUGAUUGUUAGAUGUGUGUUUGUAUGUUUCUGGCUUCCAUUCCGUCGUCUAGAUGAUCAAACUUGCAACCGGUUUUCCAGAUGUAUGUUUGUGUCAACAGAAUGUGACAUUUUGGUUUGAGUGGGGUUUUUCUGGAUUUAUUUUUUUUUUUUUACUAAGAACAGACUUGCUUUACAUAUGCUUUAGAGUGAAUAAAAAUCAGGUUUAUAUGGGAGUCAUUGAUGUUAAUUAAUAAAUGCAUUUUUUUACACAGGAAA